AUGGCUUCGCUAUUCUUUUCUACCCCUGUCGACAUCGACGUCGUCCUGGACGACCUCGAUGAUCGCCAGACUGUCGAUGUCAAGCUCGAUAAGGCCCGCCGUGAGCGGGUCCCCUUGUACAUGGACGGAGAGUCCGUAAAGGGUGCGGUGACGAUCCGGCCAAAGGACGGAAAGCGAUUGGAACACACUGGAAUCAAAGUGCAAUUCAUUGGAACUAUUGAAAUGUUUUACGAUCGAGGCAACCACUACGAAUUCCUGUCACUUGUCCAAGAACUCGCCGCACCCGGGGAGCUGCUGCACCCUCAAACCUUCCCAUUCAACUUCAAGAACGUCGAGAAGCAAUACGAAUCCUAUAAUGGCAUCAAUGUGAAACUGCGCUAUUUCGUGCGCGUGACGGUCUCGCGGCGCAUGGCCGACGUCAUCCGCGAAAAGGACCUCUGGGUGUAUUCGUACCGCAUGCCCCCCGAGACCAACAGCCCUAUCAAGAUGGACGUCGGAAUUGAAGACUGCCUGCAUAUUGAGUUCGAGUACUCCAAAUCCAAGUAUCACCUUAAGGACGUGAUUGUCGGUCGGAUCUAUUUCCUGCUCGUGCGACUGAAGAUUAAACAUAUGGAAUUGUCCAUCAUUCGACGGGAAACCACCGGAUCUCCCCCCCAAUCAAUAAUGGAUGGCUCACCUUCUCGCGGUGAAACCAUCCCAAUCCGUCUGUUCCUCGGUGGCUUUGACCUGACGCCAACCUUCCGCGAUGUCAACAAGAAGUACUCGACACGAUACUAUCUCAGCCUGGUGCUGAUUGAUGAAGAUGCUCGUCGUUACUUUAAGCAGUCUGAGAUUGCCCUCUUCCGUCAAGCGCCCGAGAUUGCCGCCACUCCCCAGAUCGCCCAGCAGCAGCAAAUCCAACAGCAAGUUCUCCUCCAGCAACAGCAGCAGGUUCUGCCCCCAGGAUCUGCUACCGCCGGCCCUGGUCGUGAGGUGACACGGUCGGUUCAGCCGGUCCAGCCAGUCCAGCCAGUCCAACCAGCGGAACAGGCACAGCAGCCCGUUUCGACACCUGCGGCAUAA